GUAAUGUGGGUAUGAUGUCAUUGAUAGGCAACACCUAUGUCCUAGUGAAAAUUGCUUAUUUUUCUGGAUUUAAACAUUCUUGGAAACAUUUGGGAUGAUGUAAGUAUGCAAGUCUACAAAAUAUAUAACAAUGUUCUAGUGGUUUUUGGAUAUUUUAAUCUAAAAAUCUUACAUAUUGUACCUUUAAAUUAAUUUAAAACUAUUUGGUGGCCAUUUUAGUUUAGUUAGUUUAGGAGUCAUGCAAAUGUAUUUUAGUUUAGUUUCAGGUUUUUUUUUUUUUUUUUCAAUUAUUAAUUUUUCUAUUGUUUAAAUUUGGUUUUCCUUUCUGAUUUAACCAUUAAUUAAAACUGCCAACUUGAUCAUGAAUCCCUUAUACAGUAUUUUGCUGCUGAUGUUGCUUAUAUUGUCUUUCCAGGUUUUAGAGGAUGUGUGGAAUACAUCAAAUUCAAUGGCCACCUCCUAUCCUUCAGUGGCUACAAUGAGAUAGUCCAGGCCAGCUCCAGCCCAUCUGUCUUCCAAACCUUCUGCGUUUCUCCAAACCGCUGUGUUCUGACUCCAUGCCUCGAGGAUUCCUGUCUAUCUGAGCCCUGCUGGAAUGAUAGUAACUGUGGAUCUUCUUCCAAAGACGACUACUGGUGCAUUUGUCUUACACAACGUGUCUGGGUCUUCAUGUGGAUCCUGCUCAUCUGACGUCGUCCACAGCGAGGCCUGUUCUCAAACACAAAACACUGUCCCCUUAUGGAUUGUAGCCAUCGUUCUUCCCGUCAUCCUCAUUCUGCUGAUCCUGGUACUAUGUAUUGUCCUCAGGAGACAAGGCAAACUAUGUGAGGGAGAAAAGAAGAGUCAUGUCUACCUCAUGCCACCAAGCAAACAGCACGGAACGGAUAACCUGGCAUUUAGUUUAGGUCCUGCUGAUGAGUCUCAUCGGAAUGUCUCAAAUGAGGCCAGCAAGCAACCGGAUUUGAUAAAACCAAGAGAUUCGACUCAAGGAGUGGAAAGUUGUACUGAAAGUGGGCCUUCUUGUCAUGUCUCAGGUUUUGGUGGGAGUGAACUGGAGUACUAUGAGAUUGACAGCACAUACUCAGAUGUGAAGACCCCACAGCUGAAGAAGGAGGAUGAACGUGGAGAUCAGGUGAAUGGCAAUCCAAAAUUAUCUCAAUCCAUCAUGCAACCUCAAACUAAUCAUGAUCCAUCUUUUAAACUUCACCAGACAACGCCUAGAGCCGAUUUUCACCAGUGGCAACGUCAAUCCCAACUGUUCUUCAAGAGGAAACUGGCUCCUGAUCUGACAGGCCCUCCACAGCACCUCUCAGCAGAUGAAGUUGAGAAGCUGAACGCCCCACGGGACCACAAGGGAUACCCUCAUCACAAUUUCAGAGAGUGUCCCAUAAAGCCAUGCAGAAGCGGGGCAACAGAGACGUCAUCGGAGAGUGAAAGUCAUUGCUCCUUCACCGGCUCAGAGUUUGAUUGUGAGAGAGAACUGUCCCUCAUCAGCUCACAAGACAAAGAUGAACAUCCACCUGAAGAUAGGUCCAGAGGACAGUUUAUACUAACGGCCCCUUCACCCUUCAAAGACGUGGUCACAUCCCCCUCCGUCCACAGUCUCCACAACAUCUCUGUCUCCGGCGGGAUCCAGCAGCUAGAGAACAUCCUAAAUCUAGGCAUUCACUUUAACACCUAUGCAGAUGUGUUUGAGGACAUAGCCAGCUUACCGACCAAUCAGCUAACUGACUGUGAUUUUCAUAGUGAUCAAGAGGAAAUCAUUUGAAAGUAUGUUAAAAACACAAUUCACAGUUCUUUUAAAACUCCUUUGUUAUUUAAUCAAUGUACUUGUACUUUAUAUGGUUGACCAGUGAAAUACUGGUGAAUCAUUUAUUCUUUAAUAACUUACUUUAAUAAAACUAUUAUUUAUAAUAUAUGGAAGGUUUAUGUUAAUGUAUAUAUCUUUUAUCUCUGUGUAUAACCAGGGAUAUCACUAGGCUUAUCUUAGGGGGGACUUUACUUGUAGCUGAACUUGAUCAAAAAUAACAUAAUUUUGAUAGGUUUUACCCACUGUUACUCUAAUAGUACAUGAAUGAAAAUGUUGGGGGGCUAAAUCCUUGGGAAGACCCCCCUAAAACAGUCCCCAUCCAUAUCUCUAGUGACUUCCCUGUGUAUAACAGUGUUUGAGGAGUGUAAUAACAUUGUUACAUUAGUGCCAUCUGUUGACAGAUAUCUAACAUUACAUCUGCUUAUAUCCUACACAGAGUGCAAGUUUCAAUACUAAAGGUCAGUUCUUGUCUGAUUCUUCACUUUUUUUUAUGGAGCUGAACUAUGAAUUUUGUAACCAUUAUUAAAAUUGUCAAAGAGGAGGUGAAAUGUGUUUUUAUAUGGAAUGAAAUUAGUGCAUGUUGCAGCUGGGUAUCUGUUUGCUCUACAUUUUAUUUACAUGCUAAUGCAUAUUCAUGAAAAAUGGAAAAAAGCUGGCCUAACUGUCAGACUUUUCACUCCAGUUAAUAUUUCUCAAGGUGAAUUUAUUU